AUGGAGUCGUACUCCCAUAAAACACUGCAAAAGUACCCUCUUGCAUACGAUCGCCUAAUACGGCGGUUUCAGACAGCUUCCGAACGCGAGGCAGAUGGUCGAAAGAAAGGCUAUUCCGGCAUAUUGGAAGCAGAUCUGCAACGAUCUGAAGCCAAAGUGGAGGCUUUGCGAAACCCUGAUGAUGCAGCACAAAUGAGGUAUCGAAGGGACGAGAAAGGAGAGAUUAUCGGUGAGGAGAAAGGAGAAGUCCCGCUGACACGUGAGGAGGGCAGACAGAGGUGGUCGCAAGAGUUGGAGCUCAGAUUCUUGAGAGGGGCCGAUACGGAUUUUGAAUACGGAUCUGUGGAUAAAAACGAGGAAUAUGAUGAUCGGCAGACAGCUGAAAGAGAAGUACAAGAGGCAUGGUUUGAUGAAGAGGAACCCAAAUGGGUCGCCCAGGGCGUUGACAAGGUUGCUUGCGAAACAGGUAUCCAAGAUUUUUGA